AUGCCCCCCCAGGCGCUCCAACCAUCUUCCCCCUCUUCUCAUCCCCACCACCAACCCGCUAUCUCCUCCAGCAACACCCCCCUCCAACCCAUCAAACCAGCGACCCAAAAAUCCAACUCCAACCACACUCCUCCCCCCAAACCAGAAACCCCCUCCCCCUUCCUCCUCCACGCCCUCCGCAAAAAAGCAAAGAAAGAUCUCAAAGCAGCCAGAGAAGAAGAGAGAAAGAAGAGCAGAGAAAUGGAAGAGGGGAAGAAAUUAUUUGGAGGAGAGGUAGCGGAGGUGCUGAGGGUGUGGAGUGAGUUGAAGCUCGAACACCCCGAUGUACCCGACUCAGUCCUAGAGCAGGAAGCAUGGAAAUUGGUUUUUUACUAG